AUGGUUCCGUUCGCCGGGUACUCGAUGCCCGUGCUGUACAAGGGCCAGACACACAUCCAGUCGCACAACUGGACGAGAACGCACUGCGGGGUGUUCGACGUGUCGCACAUGCUGCAGCACCGCAUCUCCGGGCCCAACACAACCCGCUUCCUGCAGCAGAUCUGUCCCACGGACUUCAGCGUGUUGAAGCCGUUCCAAAGCCACUUGAGCGUGCUGCUCAACAAGACGGGCGGCGUGGUGGACGACACGAUCGUCACGAAGCACGGCGACGACUCGUACUACGUGGUCACGAACGCCGGCUGCAGAGACAAGGACACGGCCUUCCUCAAGGAGGAGCUCGCCAAGUUCGACCAGGCUCAGCAGAUCAAGCACGAGAACUUCGAGGGCACGCUUCUCGCCAUCCAGGGCCCGAAGGCGCAGCAGGUUGUCGCCAAGUUCACCAACACCCCGCUCGACGACUUGUACUUCGGCAACUCGCGGUUCAUCGACCUCCAGGGCUUCGGCACCGACGCCAAGUUCCACAUCGCCAGGGGCGGCUACACGGGCGAGGACGGCUUCGAGAUCUCCAUCCCGGACAGCAAGGUCGGCGUCGACUUCUUCAACGCGCUUCUCGAGUACGACGAAAUCGUCAAGCCUAUCGGCUUGGCCGCCAGAGACUCCCUCAGAUUGGAGGCCGGCAUGUGUCUCUACGGCCACGAGUUGAACGACGACGUCUCCCCGAUCGAGGCCUCCCUCAACUGGCUCGUCUCCAAGUCCAGAAGAUCUCCCGAGGGCGCCACCUUCAACGGCGCAGACAGAAUCAUCAGCCAGAUCAACAACCCCAAGUCCGUCUCCUUCAAAAGAGUCGGCCUGGUUUCCAAGGGGCCUUCCCCAAGACACGGCAACAAGAUCUUCUCCGCCGAGGAGCCUUCCAAGCAGAUCGGUACCGUUUGCUCGGGCUCGCCUUCCCCAAGCUGCGGCGGCAACGUUGCCCAGGUUUUCCUCGACAAGCCAUACAACAAGACCGGAACCAAGCGGGUGAUUAUCAGAGGCUUCAAAACCUACAAGAAUGAAACUGUCAUCGAGGACUUCUCUCCCCACUACAACGUUGUGAUUGGAAGAAAUGGUUCUGGUAAGUCCAACUUCUUUGCAGCCAUCAGAUUCGUUUUGAGCGACGCAUACAACAACAUGAGUCGUGAGGAACGACAGUCAUUGAUCCACGAGAGCUCUGUCAAUAUCAUGUCUGCCUUUGUAGAAAUUGUCUUCGAUAAUACAGACCGCCGGAUCCCAGUAGCAAAAGAUGAGGUUUCCAUCAGACGUACCAUCGGUAUGAGGAAGGAUGACUACACGUUAGACUAUAAAAGUGCUACAAAGGCAGAUAUAAUGAACCUGCUAGAAGCCUCUGGGUUUUCCAAGUCAAAUCCGUACUACAUCGUCCCACAGGGUAGAGUCAUGGCGCUCACGAACGCAAAGGAUUCAGAGAGACUAGAGCUAUUGCGAGACGUUGCCGGUGCCAAAGUUUUUGAAAACAAGUUGAAAGACUCCUUGAAGGAAAUGGCGAUCACUGGACAAAAGCAGGACCAGAUCAAGGAAAUGUUGACAGAUAUCGAAAAAAGAUUAGAUGAAUUAGACAUCGAAAGAGAAGAUUUGAAAUCCUUCGAAAAGCUAAUGAGUAAAAAGAAAAUGUUGGAAUUCAACAUUUACGAUAGAGAAAUGAAGGCUUUGAGUGAUCAGAUUGAGGCAAUAGAUGAUAAUUACUCAACAUCGGCCCAUGAAACUGAAGCAUUGAUAACGGAACUUGAAGAAAGAGAAACGCAGAUAUCACAAUUGUCUUUGGACUUGAACAACCUAAGUUCAAAGAAGAAGCUGUUGGAAAUUGAUCUUGAAAUUAACCACAGAGAAAACCAAGAAGUUUUGCAGCAGAUCUCGAACAUGAACAUCCAACUACAGGAUGCACAGAUCUCCUUAGAUACUCUACAUUCGGGUUCUUCCUCCUCUGAGAGAUUGAGAGCCCUAAAAGUCGAAAUAGAGGAAAAGCAGCAACAGCUCGAAGCCACCAGGAAAACUCUGAAAUUGCAAAGGGAAAGUGAAGUCGAACUCAAAAAAAAGAUAAAUGAUCUGCGUCAGAAACAAAUGUCCAUCAUCUCCAAAAAAAAUCAAACUUCAAGGUUUUCUUCCAAAAGAGAAAGAGACAGAUAUUUGAAGAAAGAGAUCGUAUCGCUCAAGGAUUCCCAACUGAGGAAAGAAGAAGGACUCAAAGAACUUGAAACUGCCUUAUCAAACAGGAAAAUGAUACUACGGAACGCAAUUGAUGAAAAACUGAAAAUCGAGGAAAACACCAACUUAAACGAUGAACUAGCCAAAAUCAGAGGACAGAUCGCAGAGCUGAAUUCUGAAGCAAGAAACUUGGUUGAUGACCGUAGUUUGUUGUGGAGAAAAGAAAGUAAGUUGAACAAUAUCAUCUUAGCUAAGGAAGAGAAUUUAGCAACUAUCGAACAAUCCCUCAGAGGUGGUGUAGAUCGAAUGACUUUGAAUGCGCUUGAAACUGUUAAAGCUAUUGCAAAACGUCUGGGUCCAACUAUUGAGUCCGGUGUUUAUGGAUAUCUUGGUGAAUUGAUUGAUGUAUCUGAAAAAUAUAAAACUGCUGUUGACGUUGUUGGCGGUAACUCUCUUUUCCAUAUUGUAGUCAAUAAUGAUCAAACAGCAAGUAUCUUAAUUGAAGAGCUAAAGAAAGAGAGAAACUGCAGAGCAACCUUCAUACCUUUGAAUCGAUUAAAGAACGAGGAAUUCAAAUUUCCGGCCGGUAGUGAAUCAGUUCCACUCAUCAAAAAAAUAGCUUACGACGAAUUUUUGGCACCAGCUGUCAAGCAAAUAUUUGGUAGAACUGUCGUUUGCAUCUCAAUUCAAAAAGGUUAUGAGUUGUCUGAUAUAUACAGUGUCAACGCAGUCACUCUCGAUGGUGAUAGGUGUGAUAACAAAGGUGUUCUAACAGGAGGUUUUAGAGACACUAAAGUUUCAAGGGUGGACUAUCUGAAGAGUUUGAGGUCUUGCAAAGCUGAAAUUUACUCUUUAAAAGAGGAAUUGAAAACAGCAAAAGAAGAAAUCAACUCCAAAGAUUUUGUCAUCACUGCAAACUACCAAAAAACUUCAACUCUGAAAGAUUCUCUGAAUGUGAAACUAAGUGAGAAAAGUGAGCUUGCGGCUAGAUUGUCAAAAGUAAAUAACUCAAUAGCAAAAUAUCGACAAGACAUUUCUACAAUUGAGCAAAAAUUAAGUGCUAUCCAAACCUCAGUGCAAGUUAUUGAACAAAAGAUCAAUAAUUAUAAUGAUGAGCUGGAAACAUCGUUUUCUCAAGAUUCCUUCUCGAUGGAGGAUGAAGAUUUGUUGAGGGAAUUUUAUGAAGAAUUACCGUUAUUGGAGCAAAAUCUGCAGAGUUUGACCGAAGAAAUGAAUCCCGUUGAAUUGAAGAUAUCAUCUCUAUCCACUACUAUAGCUGAUAAUUUAGUCCCACGUUAUAACCAACUCAAUUCUGAGCUUGAGAGUAUGGAUAGUAUGGAAAAAGACACAGAUUAUAUUUUGGCAGAUUUGAAAUCUAGAUUGCAGAAGCUACAAAAAAGAAAGGCAGAGCUAAAAGAUAUUGAAAACCAAUUGACAAUUGAUGUAUCUGAUAUAAAAGAAAGCAUAGAAUCAACAAAUACUCAGAUUGAGAAGCUUAACAGUGCUCAGGAAUCAUUUGUUAAGCAAUUUGAGGAUUACGGUAAAUCUACGGAUAAGAAUUUAGUAAAAAAAGUUAGGUUGAGAAACAGAAAACAAGAAUUAGAAAGAAAUAUUGGUGAGUUAGGUGUUCUCCCCGAAGAAACACUAACUAUCUAUGCGGGUCAGUCUGCGACGUCUUUGUCUAAAAAGCUCACUCAAAUCAACGAACAACUAAAGGCAUAUAAUCAUGUCAACAAAAAGGCAAUGGAACAAUUUGUCAAGUUUGCAAAACAAAGAGAUUCAUUGAAAGAACGUAUCUCAGAAUUAAGCGAAGCCAAAUCCUCAAUUGAGCAUUUGAUAAAAGUUCUUCAAAAUCGGAAAAAUGAAGCAAUAAUAAGAACGUUUAGGGAAGUUUCUGUUGGAUUCUCCAAAAUUUUUGAGAAACUUGUACCUGCUGGUAAGGGUAGACUAAUCAUUCAGAAGAAAAACUUAGAGCAAAAUGCAAACACUAUUUCAUUAUCUCAAUAUCCAGAUACUAAUGAAGAGCGAAAUGGUAAUUCUGCAAACGAGAUCGAAGAUGCCGAUUCAAAUGACAACGAAAAAUCAAUCGAGUCCUUUAUUGGAAUAUCUAUAUCCGUCUCCUUCAAUUCCAAGAAAAACGAGCAAUUGAGAUUAGAACAACUCUCUGGUGGUCAAAAGUCUUUAUGUGCUUUAGCUUUGAUUCUAGCCAUCCAAAGUUGUGACCCAGCACCAUUUUAUUUAUUUGAUGAGGUUGACUCAAAUUUAGACGCCCAAUAUAGAACUGCCGUGGCUAACCUGAUUCAUAAUCUGUCUCGUAAUGCACAAUUUAUAUGCACAACAUUUAGACCUGAAAUGUUGAAAGUAAGUGACAAAUUCUACGGUGUUAUGUUCAACAAUAAAGUUAGUACUGUCAGUGAUAUUGACGCAGAGAGAGCUUUGGAUUUUGUGGAAGAUCAACAUCGGGUAUAA